AUGGCAUUGGACAAAUUAAAAGUGGAUUACGAUUUUAACGAUUUUGACUUCAGGUUUUCCAUUGGAUAUAGCGAUUGUGACUUGGCGAAGACGCUGGGACUUGGCAUCGAAUAUAUGCUGCGGCAGAAUGCUGAUGUUGUCAUAGAACCUUCAUGUCCCGAAGAAUAUAGAAUAGGCGCUUGCGCUCUACAAGUGGUAAGUCAAUUUACAUGGGACAUUAUCUCAAUUAUAUACACGACAAAUGAAGUGAGAUUCUGCGACGAUAUGAUUGACUCCCUAAUGGAUUCAUUCAAUGGUGCUUCAGCUUCUUCUACGCCCAGAGUAGCUCUGAAGCAAAUCAUCGAUGAAGACGACAAUGAUUCAUACACACGGACCCUGCAACAGAUCAAAGCUCGCUCACGUGUAGUCAUACUAUGCAUGGACCUUGCAACUGAUCGACGUGGCUUCCUGAUAAGAGCAAACCGGAUGGGGAUGACAAAUAGCGAAUACGUAUUUCUAAUGCUCAAUAUACGUAGCACUGGCUUCGGAAGAGCUGGAGCGGGAAAGGAGAUUCUUGCAAACGGCUUUAUGCCCUUUUGGGAAGACAGUGUUAACGGCAACAUUGAUGGCAUGGACUCUGUGGCUAACUCAGCUGCAAAAUAUAUGAUUUUGGUGAGCGAUCUUCAAAUAGGAAAGAUCGUGGAUGAUUUCCUCCUUUGCAGCUCGACUUGA